AUGCAAUGCGCCGCAAAGCAGAGCAUUGAAAGACAAAAACAACGUCUUGUAUUGCCGCUGUAUCAAAUUAUGCAAGGACCGGGCAUGAUACGACAGCGCGUUGAUGGGGGUGAAGGUGUAAGGGAGAUAGAAAGGCGGGUAGGAGGAGAUUACCUAAGUCAUGGGGAUGCAAGCCUUCGGCCUUCGAGGAAGGAACGACACUAUACGGUGAAUCCACCAACUGAGGCAAGUCGGCAGGCAGGCCAUCAAGCAGGCAUAGACCUUGACAUUGUUUGCUUGCAAUAUCCGAUAUACGGUAAAUUGCCAACAAAUCAGUUCCUCAAAAUUACUGAGUGUAGUUCUCAUGAUGAUGACAGUCUACAGAGUGCAAAUAGGCUGGAUAAACUUUCAUGUUCUGAAACACGCCUAGUUCAAGCUACUUUUUACGAUUAUAUACCUUAA